CUCAUGCAGGAGCAUGAGCUGGCACUCAUUGAUGCACUUGCAGGGCUUGCCGAUGCAUCUGAUGAUGAAACUGAUGGAGAACAGCCAUCCUUGCAUGCACAAUAAAAUGACUGACAACGAGGAAGGAGACAAGUCAAGGAAUGGAGCCAUCGGAGACAGAGUACCAACUCUAAACCUUGGUGAUGAGGUGUAAUGAUUUUAGAGUUUAUUGUCCUACAGAGCCAAGUGUAAAAGACCAGAUCACCAGCAAGUUAUGUUGCUUAACUGUACUUUAACAUUUUCAUUUUAUUUAUUUAUUUUAAUUUUGUGCCUCAUAAGGUCAUAUUGGACACAAAAAAUGCCAAAUGCAUACACAAAAGAAAUUCUGUUCCUGAUGGUCUUUUGAGGCAAUGCAAAAUUUCUAGUCGGUUAAUGUAAAGAUUUGAUUUUUGCAUAGAGAUGGCUGGAGCUGGAGGCUGUUACUUUUGCUUAUGAAGUCGCUUGUAUUUGUGUUGAAUCAGGCUCUCUCUAUUUUCCUUCUACCUGUAGAGUAAUAGAUGCCAGAAUCCUGCAAGCUAAUAGCAGAGUUUAAUCAACAUUUGCUAAAGCA